AUGGAGAAAGUGCUUGAGAAGCUUGCGGUGCUCCACGAAGGAGAGGAUAAACACACUCGGGUGGUAGUGCAAAGCAAGCUGCCUUACAUACCAAAGAAAUCCUUUCUUCCUGGCAAAGUGAAAGAGGUGAUCACCGAAGUGUUGCGGGAGAAGCUCACAGGAGUCCAGUACGAUGGAGAGCAAGCUCCAUACUUGGUUCGCGAGAUUGCCGACGAAGUCAAGAAUCGCUGCAAAGAGUUUCACUUCGAGAGAUAUAAGAUCGUGGUACAAGCAGUCAUUGGCGAGACGCGAGGCCAGGGACUGCAAAUGGCGGCCAGAUGUUUCUGGGACAAAGAUACGGAUGACUACACGAGGGAUACCUUCCAAAACGAUAACAUGUUUGGGAUCGCCGCGGUGUUUGGAUUGUACAUGUAUUGAUUGAGAUUCAUCGGUGCUAC